UCUCCGAGUGCACACCCCCCCAUCUAGGCUCCCAACCCCACCCCCCAUUCUCCAUAUUUAUAGUUCUCAGUUCUCAAUCAACCUAUACAUACAGCUAUAAUAUAUACUACAUAUCUGUUGAAGCACACAUAAAGAGCUCUGGAUCAACUGCAAAAUCUUCCAGAUCUCUCUCUAUCCAGCACACACAGUAGCAGCUGUUAAAGGGUUCUUCGCCAUUUUCGUGGAGAUGGCUUCCCCUGGCAAUCCGAACCCACCAGGAGGAGGUCCUUUCGAUGUGCAGAAACUGUUCAAGCCUUCCACUCCUCCGCCGCCCCCCACCUCCAUCGCCACUUCCAACUCUAAUCCCCAGAACUUCAUCACUAAUGUUAGUAGCACUGGUACUAACCCUAAUUUGGUUUCGUCUCCUUUUCCCCCCCCUUCGGCCUCUUAUCCUCCGCCUGCCGGAGCCGCCGCUGGCGGGGGGGAUUCCUAUCCCCCACAAACAUCGCCGUUCCAUUACCAUCCGUUGUACGCCGCCUUUUCCAGUCCUCCGCCGCCCCACCAGGAAUUCACCAACGCGCACCCGCAGAGGUCCAUGUCUUAUCCUACGCCCACGCUCCAACCCCAGGUGCAAACACCUACUUCCCCACACCACCCCAAUUUCCAUAAUUCCCCUAAUUCCCAAAACCCUAAUAACCAUGGGGCUCGUUUGAUGGCCUUGUUGAGUGCACCUCCUUCUACCCUUGAAAUUAAUCAGCAGCCCACGAUGCCUAUGCCCCAAAUCCACCCAACUUCUUCCUCGACCUCUGAUGUAUCUGUGCCACAGAAUUUGAACAGUUUGCCCGCUGGGCCGGGUUUAGUGAUUUCAAAUCAGAGCCCUGUGAUGCGGAUGCCGAGCAGUAAGCUCCCAAAGGGCCGGCAUUUAAUUGGGGACCGUUUGGUUUACGACAUAGAUGUUAGGUUGCCGGGAGAGGUGCAGCCUCAGCUUGAGGUUACACCCAUUACAAAAUACGGUUCUGAUCCUGGGCUUGUUGUGGGCAGGCAAAUUGCAGUUAAUAAGACAUAUAUAUGUUAUGGGCUCAAGUUGGGUGCUAUUCGGGUGCUCAACAUCAACACUGCUUUGAGAUCAUUGCUUAAGGGUCUAGCUCAGAGGGUCACAGACAUGGCUUUCUUUGCUGAGGAUGUUCACCUUUUGGCUAGUGCAAGUGUCGAUGGCCGGGUUUAUGUGUGGAAGAUUACUGAAGGUCCAGAUGAAGAAGACAAGCCUCAAAUUACUGGAAAGAUCAUUAUUGCCGUUCAAAUUACUGGAGAAGGGGAAUCUGUUCACCCCAGAGUUUGUUGGCAUUGCCAUAAACAAGAAGUUCUUGUGGUGGGAAUUGGCAGACGUGUUUUGAAGAUUGAUACUACAAAAGUGGGAAAAGGUGAAAAGUUUUCAGCCGAGGAACCCCUUAAAUGUCCCAUUGAGAAGUUGAUUGAUGGGGUCCAACUUGUUGGUAGUCACGAAGGAGAAGUGACUGACUUGUCUAUGUGCCAGUGGAUGACCACCCGAUUGGUAUCUGCUUCAGUAGAUGGCACGAUAAAGAUUUGGGAAGAUCGGAAGUCACAACCCAUUGCAGUUCUCCGGCCACAUGAUGGCCAACCUGUUAAUUCGGUCACGUUUUUGGCCGCUCCUCAUCGGCCGGAUCAUAUCAUACUUAUCACUGGGGGUCCACUGAAUCGGGAAGUAAAAAUCUGGGUAUCAGCAAGUGAAGAAGGCUGGUUGCUUCCUAGUGAUGCUGAAUCAUGGCACUGUACACAGACAUUGGAGUUAAAGAGUUCGGAGGCUCGUUGGGAAGAAGCUUUCUUCAAUCAAGUAAUAGCCUUGUCACAAGCUGGUCUUCUUUUAUUGGCUAAUGCGAAGAGGAAUGCUAUAUAUGCUGUGCAUCUGGAAUAUGGUCCCAACCCAGAGGCAACCCGCAUGGAUUACAUAGCAGAAUUUACCGUCACCAUGCCUAUACUAAGUUUUACAGGGACGAGUGAAUUGUUGCCUCAUGGUGAACAAAUUGUACAGGUAUAUUGUGUCCAGACACAAGCUAUUCAACAGUAUGCAUUAGACUUGUCUCAGUGUCUUCCACCCCCAAUGGAAAAUGCCAUGUUUGAGAAGCAAGACUCUAGUGUCUCACUGGAUGCUGCUACUGCUGAAGGACUUGCAGAUGUGGAGCCUUCUAGAAGUAAACAAGCGGAGAUAUCUAUAUCUAGUUCUGCAUCCAAGGCAUCCAUACAUGAAAGUGGCUUGGAGAGUGCAUCUACAGUGAGAUACCCUGUUAGCUCCGCUUCUGCUGAGUCACCAAUGCCACAGGAGCUUGCUUCUGCGAGUGUGGAAACCAAACUAGUUCCUUCACCUGAGGUCACCAAUGAUUCUGAUAUUUCUUCUGCUACUUCACCUCCACUUCCUCCAAGUCCCAGGCUGUCCAGAACACUUUCUGGCUUUAGAAAUCAGUUGAGCAGCGUUGACCAUGGUCCUUCAAUUAAUGAACGCAAUUCAGAGCCUAAAAUAGUUGAAUAUUCGGUUGACAGACAAAUGGAUGUUAUUCAUAACUUACCUGAUGUUCCUCCAUUGGAUGAUGAUUUGAGGAAUGACGAUAAUAAACUUUCACAAGAUGAUUCCGUGGCCCUCAACCAUCCAAUUAAGUUCAAACACCCCACUCAUUUGGUAACUCCUUCUGAAAUAUUGAUGGCCAAUUCAGCUUCUGACGUGAGCCUUGCGAAUGAGCCCAAAACUGAUGUUGAAGUAAAUAUUCAAGAUGUGGUAAUUAGCAAUGAUGCAAGAAAUGUUGAGGUGGAAGUGAAAGUUGUGGGGGAAACAAGAUUUAGUCAAAACAAUGAUGUUGCGCCCCGACAAGAACUUCAGACUUUUGUGUCAGAAAACAAGGAAAAAUCUUUUUGCUCUCAAGUAUCUGAUCUAGGAAUUGAGAUGGCUCGAGAAUGCCAUGCCUUGUCACCUGAAACUUAUAUGGUUGACGAAGCUAGGCAGUUUAAUGGGACUGGUGAAACUGACACAAUAGCUCAACCAUCAACUGUAGGAGAAGUCAAUGAUGCAAAGGAUCUUCCAGGGAAGGUCAUUGAAUCACAGACUUCUGUGCCGACUCAACAACAACCUGGACCAAAUGUAAAAGGGAAAAAGCAGAAAGGAAAAAGUGCUCAUGGAUCACGUUCAUCUUCACCAACACGUAUUGCUUUUAAUUCACCAGACUCUUGUAAUGAACCAGGUGUCAGCUCUGGUAAUCCUCCUAGUGAUGCCCUCCAGCAAAUACUUUCCAUGCAAGAGAUGCUGACGCAGCUUGUAAAUAUGCAAAAAGAAAUGCAGAAGCAGAUAGCUAUGAUGGUUGCUGUCCCAGUUAGCAAAGAAGGCAAAAGACUUGAGGCGACUUUGGGACGGAUCAUGGAGAAAGCUGUCAAAGCCAAUACUGAUGCUUUGUGGGCUCGUUUUCAGGAAGAGAAUGCGAAACAAGACAAGGCUGCACGGGAGCGCAUGCAACAAUUAACAAAUACGAUUAGUAGUUGCUUAAACAAAGACAUGCCUGCAAUUAUAGAGAAAACUGUUAAGAGAGAACUGUCUGCUGUGGGGCAAUCUGUGGCACGAACAAUUACUCCCAUCAUCGAGAAAACAAUAUCCAGUUGCAUUGCAGAGAGUUUCCAGAAAGGGGUAGGUGAUAAAGCUGUAAAUCAACUGGAGAAAUCUGUCAACUCCAAACUUGAAGCCACAGUUGCUAGGCAGAUCCAAGCUCAAUUUCAAACUUCUGGCAAGCAAGCUCUUCAGGAAACACUAAAAUCAAGUUUGGAAACUUCUGUAAUUCCUGCAUUCGAGAUGUCAUGCAGGGCCAUGUUUGAGCAGGUUGAUGCCACAUUUCAGAAAGGAAUGGUUGAACAUACAACAGCAGCUCAGCAGCAAUUUGAGGCAUCACAUUCGCCAUUGGCAAUUGCUCUAAGGGAUGCCAUAAAUUCAGCCUCAUCAGUUACUCAAACAUUGAGCAGUGAGAUUCUUGAUGGUCAAAGAAAGUUGUUAGCGCUUGCUGUUGCAGGAGCAAACUCUAAAGCAGCAAAUCCAUUGGUUAGUCAACUGAGUAAUGGUCCUUUGGGUGCUCUCCAUGAGAAGCUUGAGGUACCUCUUGAUCCGACAAAAGAGCUAUCUAGACUGAUAGCUGAGCGGAAAUAUGAGGAGGCUUUUACUGCUGCACUGCAAAGGAGUGAUGUUGCUAUUGUAUCCUGGUUAUGCGCUCAGGUUGAUUUACCCGGAAUUUUGUCCAUGAAUCCUCUGCCUUUGAGCCAAGGCGUGCUCCUCUCUCUUCUACAGCAGUUAGCUUGUGAUAUCAGUAAAGAGACCCCUCGGAAACUAGCGUGGAUGAGGGAAGUUCUAUCUGCUAUAAAUCCAACAGAUCCAAUGAUUGUGGUGCAUGUACGUCCCAUCUUUGAACAAGUGUAUCAAAUCUUGAAUCACCACCGCAAUCUCCCAAGCACUAGUGGUACUGAGCUUUCCAACAUUCGUUUGAUUAUGCACGUAAUCAAUUCCAUGUUAAUGACCUCCAAGUGAGACUGCAAUCUGCCCGAUCCUCUAAAAUCUAAGGAGGCCGGGUCGUCAUGUGAUAUUGUAAGGUUUGUACAAAAUUCUAGGGAUACUCGGGAGAAAGAAAAAUAUGUAGAGUCAGAUGUCUCAUUGUCUUUUGUGUUUCCUCUUUUUUCACCUGAAUGCUGAAAUAUGUUAGUAGUCUGGGUUGUUUUCCAGUUUCCCUGCAGCUGUUUGAUGCUAUACUUACUGUCGAUAUUCAAUUUUGUAUCUGCGCACAGUACGCUUCUGUUUGCCCUCGAGUGUGGGCCAAAAGUUCGGACUUUCUAUUUUUAUUUA